AUGCUGUCCGGUCUUCCUGUCCUCGCCGCCCUCAUGGGCACGGCGAUUGCUCGCCCCAGCCCGGUGGUCGCCGACGACCCGAUCCGCAUCCUCCCGUGGAGCUGGAAUUUUGAGAUCACGGCGCUCGAGGGCCCGGGAUGCCCCGACUUUGGCGAGACCGAAGCACGCGCCACUAGGCCUACGUUUGGCAUGAACACGGUUGACGGCAGCGAGAUCUACUACUGGCACUUUGCCUACCCCCACAUCCACCUCAACGUAGAUGCCGCGAACCCCGAGGCGUCCAUCUGGUGCGAGACGACGCUGAAGUACACCGAGCUGGUACAGAGCGGGGCACCGGCCGACCCCGCCGAGUACCGCCUGAAGCUGCACAAGAACGGCACGCGGAUGCUGGCAAACUACGAACUUGACGAGGGCGUCGAGGCCAAGUGGACAUUCACCUACGACACGGAUGGAGCGGACAAGAUCGUCGACAGCAUCACCAUCGCCGGCCCGCGCGCCGCCGACUCGUACUCGGACACCUCGCCCGCCGCCGCGGAGCUCGUGCAGUGGCCGCUGCCGGCGUGUGGCACGGGCACCAUCAAGUACCGCACCGAGCUCACGCUGUCGGCCACCAAGGAGGGUGCCAAGGGCUCCGUCGCCUCCGACCUGACCCUGCAGGACGGCGAGGAGCAGUACUAUGGCAUCCAACAGGGCGUGAGCUAUGAUUGGGAGAAGUGCGCUGCUUAG